CCUGUAACAUUAAAGGCUGCACCGACUUAAGGUGCUUGUGAGUUUGUGAUGAGUUCCCAGAAAGGCAACGUGGCUCGGUCCAGGCCUCAGAAGCACCAGAAUACGUUCACCUUCAAAAAUGACAAGUUCGAUAAGAGUGUUCAGACCAAGAAAAUUAAUGCCAAACUUCAUGAUGGAGUGUGUCAGCGCUGCAAAGAAGUUCUUGAGUGGCGUGUAAAAUACAGCAAGUACAAACCAUUGUCAAAGCCUAAGAAGUGUGUUAAAUGUUUACAAAAGACAGUCAAGGACUCUUACCACAUAAUUUGUAGACCCUGUGCCUGUGAACUUGAAGUUUGUGCAAAGUGUGGAAAGAAAGAAGACAUCGUUAUUCCGUUUAAUAGAGAACCAGAAACUUCAGCAAAUACUGAAAAUCAAGAUUCUAACCAUAGAAGAAGCUGCAAAGGGAAGGAGGACAGUGAUGAGGAUUUAGAUGAUGACACCCACUCGGAUGAUGAGGAUGGAGACACUUAGGUGCCCUGAUGACAGCAUGGAGUCAGCCGCAGAGGGCUCAGCAGACACACUGACAUCCUAAUGUGGAUGUCAGAAAAGGCUGUUCAGAAUCGGUAGAACUGACCCAUGAGCAAUAUAAAUUAUUUAUAACAUUUGAAUAACAGAAACUUUCAGGUUUUUACAAUAAAACCUAAG